GACUGAACCACGCCUCAUGUUCCCUCACGCCGGCCAUAUUGACGGGCCUCCCCUCAUCUCUCUCAGCUUCUGCUGGAUAUUUACUGCUUAAACCUUAGUUCUCUCUUCUCUUCUGUCCGAAAUAGCGUGCCAACAGGAUACAGCGGCUCUUCAACAUCAUUUCAGGAUAUUUUCUGGUCCUGUACUGUCAUUUCUAAAGGAUUUCUGGAGUUUAUCUUUAUCUCUAGCAGGACGCCGAGAAGUACUGAAGGUUGCCGGUCAUUUUCAAGGGCCUGUGCCUAAAGGAUUUGGGUCGUCCUGUAACGGAGGACGAUUUUUUUUUCCCUUUUUCCUUUCUUGGAUAAGCGGCAAGGGAGGAGGAGAAGAUGCCGAAACCGAUCAAUGUACGGGUGACUACGAUGGAUGCGGAGCUGGAGUUUGCCAUCCAGCCCAACACCACAGGCAAACAACUCUUUGACCAGGUGGUGAAAACCGUGGGGCUGCGUGAGGUCUGGUUUUUCGGGCUGCAGUACAUGGACAGUAAGGGUUACACCACGUGGCUGAAGCUCAACAAGAAGGUUACUCAGCAGGAUGUGAAGAAGGAAAACCCUCUACAGUUCAAGUUCAGAGCAAAGUUCUUCCCGGAGGAUGUUUCUGAAGAGCUGAUCCAGGAAAUCACACAGCGCCUUUUCUUUCUUCAGGUGAAGGAGUCCAUUCUGAACGAUGAGAAUUAUUGUCCUCCUGAGACCGCAGUGCUUCUGGCAUCCUACUCCGUCCAGGCCAAAUACGCCGACUACAGCAAGGACAUCCACAAGCCUGGCUAUCUUGCCAAUGACCGGCUUCUGCCACAGAGAGUUCUUGAGCAACACAAGCUGACUAAAGAGCAGUGGGAGGAAAGGAUACAGACUUGGCAUGAGGAGCAUAGAGGCAUGCUCAGAGAGGACUCCAUGAUGGAGUAUCUGAAAAUUGCUCAGGAUCUGGAGAUGUACGGCGUCAACUACUUUGAGAUUAAGAAUAAGAAGGGAACUGAGCUGUGGCUGGGAGUGGAUGCUCUGGGUCUCAACAUUUACGAACACGAAGACAAGCUCACACCAAAGAUUGGCUUUCCUUGGAGUGAAAUCCGCAACAUUUCUUUCAACGACAAGAAAUUUGUCAUCAAGCCCAUUGAUAAGAAAGCACCAGAUUUCGUGUUCUACGCACCACGGUUGCGGAUCAAUAAGAGGAUCCUGGCUCUGUGCAUGGGUAACCAUGAGCUUUACAUGAGGCGGAGAAAACCAGACACCAUUGAGGUGCAGCAGAUGAAAGCCCAAGCCAGAGAGGAGAAACACCAGAAACAAAUGGAGAGGGCUCAACUGGAAAAUGAAAAGAAGAAGCGUGAGCUUGCAGAAAAGGAGAAGGAAAGAAUAGAGCGUGAGAAAGAUGAGCUGAUCGAGCGACUGCGACAGAUUGAAGAGCAAACUGCGAGAGCACAGAGAGAGCUGGAAGAACAGACACGUCGGGCUCUAGAAUUGGACCAGGAAAAGCAGAAGGCAAAGGAAGAGGCUGAGAGACUGGAGAAAGAGAAGCUGGCAGCCGAAGAGGCCCGAACAGCACUGGCCAAACAAGCAGCAGAUCAGAUGAAGAACCAAGAACAACUGGCUGCAGAACUGGGUGAGUUCACUGCCAAAAUCGCCCUGCUGGAGGAAGCCAAGAGAAAAAAGGAAGAGGAGGCCAAUGAAUGGCAGCACAAAGCUAUUUCAGCUCAGGAGGAUCUUGAGAAGACCAAAGAAGAGCUGAAGAGUGUGACGACAGCGGCAGUACCAGCAGGCAGCUCAGCGGAGAAUGAGCAUGACGAGCAUGAUGAGAGCAGCGCCGAGGCCAGUGCUGAGCUCUCCAACGACGGCGUGGCGCAUCCACACACCGAGGAAGACCGCCUCACCGAAGCCCAGAAAAACGAGCGUGUCAAGAAGCAGCUCCAGGCCCUGAGCUCAGAGUUGGCGCAGGCCCGGGACGACUCUAAGAAGACGCAGAAUGACGUGCUGCACGCCGAGAACGUCAAGGCCGGCCGAGAUAAGUACAAGACGCUGCGCCAGAUCCGCCAGGGAAACACCAAGCAACGAAUUGACGAGUUUGAGUCCAUGUGAGGAGCGCUGAACCCCUUACCCUCCCCGCCCACUUUCCUGCGCCACUCUCGAAGCUACAGCCCUGAUGCCUUGGCAGCUGGCUUAUAAGCACAGCUUUCAUGCUUUCUUUUCUUUUUUCUUUUUUUUUUUCUUAAACCAGCCCAUCCCACCAUAUGACCUUUAACCCAUGGCGGCUGAUGAUAUAAUUCUACUCUGCAGAGAGGCUAGAGGGACGUGGUCGCCACGUUCCCCUCACACUUUGCCAAAGCUCUCACCGUCAGCCAAUCAGGCUGCUUGUUUUCAAGCUCCUCCCGCUCGAACCAUCCAUUUAGGAGCAAGCUUUGUAUCAUAUCUUUAUGAACGUUUGAAAUAAUUUUUUUCUUUAAUAAUAGAUACUAAAAUGCGAAUGUCAUUUUAGAGAUAAAGUUGUUAGUAAAAAGAGAUCAAAAUUUUAUCAAAAUGGCCAUUAAUUCUUUUUCUUCAUUUACUAGGAAGUGUGCCCGCUUUAUACUUUUCACCUUCUUGAUUUACAAAAAGCUCAAAGUAUCGAAGUUUCUUUAGUUCCUCACCCGUUUUUAUUAACGCGCUUCUUUUCAUUUCUGCCGUUAACGAGUUUCAACUAAGACGGCGGGUCUUGUUUGGGAUUUUUUUUUUUUUUUUUUCCUCCACCUCCACUUCCCCCAGUGAGCACAUGCAAUAUCUCUAUGACGACGAGUGCAAAAACAAUCUGUUAAAUAUCCAGUAAUUUCAAUAAGAAUCAAAUAACCAAAACUACGGAUCACCAAAGGGAAGCUGUUGUCUGCGUCUGUGUUGUGUGAAAGAUGUCAAACGGAAAAGUCAUUUAAGACGACGAGCACUGGUUGAGAAAUGGGAGUUGAUUUAAGAUUUGGAGUUGAUUUAAGCCGUCGGGAUGUUUCACAGUCUGGUGUGGGUUUAUUUUAUUUAUUUUUUUUUUGGUUGGUCCUCAGACUCCCAGUGUUUCAUGUCCAGUCUCCAUAUGGAUGGUUUUCCCUGCCUGCCGGUUCACAAAGGUCACGUCAGAUAGGCAGACAGAGCAGCUGGUUAAGUGUGUAAGAUGUGCAAAGGGUGCGCGGAUCUGUCUACCUCUCUGUGUACGUGUGUGUGUGCGCGCGUGUGUGUGUGAGAGAGAAAAUAGUGAAAGCCUUUCUGGCCGGGGAGCAUAUGAAAACAUCAGUCCUGGCAUCAGGACGGCUCUCUACCUCAUUAAUGUAAAGCGUGGAGACUGAAUCAUCAAACACUGAGUGCGCUGUGAGACAGGAAGGACAGGUAAGACAGUUUUCUGCUCUAGCUGUAGUGUUAUUGUCAUCUCGCAGUGCGUGUGGUUGCGUGAUUUGUCUCCCGUAUGAAUUCAGAGCUCAGUAUUAUGUCCAGAUCCAGAUUAGUAUUGUUCACUGCCUUCACCACGUGAUCCUAUAGAGCUAACGAUGUACGAUACCAAAGCUGCCCUGACACACAAACUGUGGCGGGUUUAGAGCAGCACAUUGCCGCGGUCAUGUGUAGCAGACUCGAACCCGGGAUUGUCUUUAUUUCGUUUGUCGUUUUGUGCGUACUUGAGUAGAAAUGUGGAAGGGUGAGUUUGUCGUUGUCUGUCUUUUCAUCUCUCCUCGUUUUCUUGCCUCUCUGAGAUUAAAUUGAAUAAAGAUGAUGAAGGACGUUUAUACAUCAGGAAUGAUCCACCUCCUGGGUUAUUCCCGUGUUCGUUCAGAUAGUAACGUCCUUGACUGUGUCUGUUGCAGUGCGCAUGGUGUGAAGAGAAAGCAGACCACUGUGAAAUUGUUUUCCUGUUAAUUUCCCCCAACUACAGUACACCCACCCUUUAUACAAAGUUGGGGGAAAAAAUUAAUAAAAUUCAUCAUAAUAAUCCGCAUCUUUCCUUUUGUAUCUAGCAAUGUGAAGCCUGUUUAAUUUUACACUCGUGAAGGCAGAAAAGGUCAAAAAGCCCUUGUUUUGGUGGUUGAGACACUGAAGCUUCAAAUAAACCCAGCGACUUGUUCAAUUGUCCUGAAAUUGCCAUAGAAAGAAAAUUGUGCUUCCAAAAAAAAAAAAAUAAAUUUUAAGUUGCUUUAUAAAUCUGAACCACCAGAGUUAGUGCACUAACUUUCACCAAAGGGGAAAGGGUUGCUACCUUAAUGCUACGAUGGUAUAAUGUUACUUUGUUGUAUUGUUUUUUUUUUUUUAAUUCGGGUGGAUUUUGGCCUGCUGGCAUUGGAGUGAUUGGGGGGGAAAAAAACCACCAGAGUAAAGCUGCCACUGCUGCUUCUGGAACCAGCGGUCAUGUUUGCUGACACUUUUUUUUUUUCGUUCCCCCUUUUUAUGUUUAUAUCACUUUCUGUUACAUAGAAAUCAGUCGAGCUUUGUCCAUGACUACAUGUAAAAAAAAAAAAAAUUUAAAAUAAAGAUGAAAUGUA